CUGAACACAAACAGCAGAAUGGAAACUUUCUCUCUAGUACAUAUGCAAUAAUAGCUUUAAAAAAAUCAGUAUAGACCUCUACAACUCGAUUCAUUCCUUUUAAAACGUAUUUUUUUUUCUUCUAAGAAGCAACCUGCUAUUCAAGAUGCUUCAGAAGUGUGUUGGGUUUCUGUGUAUUUCUUUAGUCCUCUGUUCUACCCUUUCCGAGACUUUUGGACUGGUUCUUUCGGCAAAAGAAAAGAGGGGUUGGACACUUAAUAGUGCAGGCUAUCUACUGGGGCCUCGUCGUAUUGAUCAGCUUUUACUGAUAAAGGAUAUGCCCAGUGCAAGGGGGAAUGAAGAGCCACAUGGGAACUAUGCUGUUGACAAUCACAGAUCUUUAAGUGAUAAGCAUGGUCUGCCAGGCAAACGCGAGCUGCAGAUUGACGAUGACAUUAAAUCAGGUACUCUAAGAAUACCAGAUGAAAAUGUAAUACGGACUGUGGUGGACUUUUUGUCCUACUUACGGCUGAAAGAAAUGGGAGCACUAGAUGAUCUACCCUCAUCGGAAGAAGGGACUCAACCAUAACCAAAGUGUCCAUGUGAUUCAAUAGCCGUGAUUCUGGGAUUCAGGAACUUGAAAAUGCUUUAGAGGGAGCUAUUGUCAGCAGCAAAGCCGAUAUAGCCGACUCCUGUUGAUACUUUUCCUAAUACGCCAGGUGUUAGUGAACAUUCUAUUUACUUCUUUCUGUACUACUGUUAAAUAUCAAUGAGUUUUUUUUUGUUUGUUUGAAAAAAUAUCUUACUUAAUAAAACUAAAUAACUGCACCUGCUACAUGUUCUCAAAGAUUUUUUUUUUGUAGUGCUUGUUUCACUGUGUCCUCUAGUCCUUGUAUCUCAGUUGUGCUCCAAUGACUGGCUAGGUUAACUUAUUAUGCACGAAACUGUGUACAAAAAAAAAGUCCCAAGAGUUGUAAAAUGUGGAAAAUAAUUUUAUUGUUGUGUUUUAAUGCAUUCAAAUUCAUCCAAUUCCAAACUCCAUUUAUUAAUAAAGUUAAUUUGAAAAGACUGUGUUACACAAAUAACUUCAGAUUCACUUGUUCUAAUGUAUUUUGAUAGCGUAGCAUGGGAUAAAAGAAUCUUCACCCCCAUUGUUCUUUUCAGACAAACUGCCAAUCACGGAGAGAACCCCAUUUAUACUCUCUUCCUUACUUA